AUGUGCCAACUCACUGGCCUGUGGUACUUUGAUGUGAGGGGCAACAAUCUAACAGGAACAAUUCCACAGAGCAUAGGGAACUGCACUAGCUUUGAGAUUCUGGACAUUUCAUAUAACAAAAUCUCUGGAGAAAUACCUUACAACAUAGGUUUCCUUCAAGUAGCUACACUGUCACUUCAAGGAAAUAGACUGACUGGGAAAAUUCCAGAAGUGAUUGGCCUCAUGCAAGCUCUUGCUGUUCUUGAUCUGAGCGAAAACGAACUAGUAGGGGCCAUUCCUCCGAUACUCGGCAACCUGUCCUACACUGGCAAACUAUAUUUGCAUGGCAAUAAACUUACUGGUGAAGUACCCCCGGAACUUGGGAACAUGACUAAACUUAGCUACCUGCAACUGAAUGACAAUGAAUUAGUGGGCACAAUUCCAGCUGAGCUUGGGAAACUUGAAGAGCUAUUCGAAUUAAAUCUUGCCAACAACAAUCUUGAGGGUCCUAUUCCUACAAACAUCAGUUCUUGCACUGCACUAAACAAAUUAUUGAACGGUUCUAUCCCUGCUGGUUUCCAGAAUUUGGAGAGUUUGACUAACUUGAACCUAUCCUCAAACAAUUUUAAAGGCCAUAUCCCAUCUGAACUUGGUCAUAUCAUCAAUUUGGACACACUGGAUCUUUCCUACAAUGAAUUCUCCGGACCAGUUCCUGCUACUAUUGGUGAUCUUGAGCAUCUUCUUCAACUAAACUUGAGCAAAAACCAUCUUAGUGGGUCUGUGCCUGCUGAGUUCGGAAACUUGAGAAGCAUCCAAGUAAUUGAUUUAUCCAACAACGCCAUUUCUGGUUAUCUCCCUGAAGAACUAGGCCAACUUCAGAACCUUGAUAGUUUGAUUCUUAACAACAAUACUUUGGUUGGGGAGAUCCCUGCUCAGUUGGCUAACUGCUUCAGCUUAAACAUCUUGAACUUGUCAUAUAACAACUUUUCUGGACAUGUCCCAUUCGCUAAGAACUUCUCAAAGUUCCCCGUGGAAAGCUUCUUGGGAAAUCCGAUGCUGAGCGUUCACUGCAAAGACUCCAGCUGUGGCAACUCUCAUGGAUCAAAAGUGAAUACUCGGACAGCGAUUGCUUGCAUCAUCUCGGGCUUCGUCAUAUUGCUCUGUGUUCUGCUAUUGGCAAUAUAUAAAACAAAGCGACCACAGCCACCUAUCAAAGCAUCUGAUAAACCAGUGCAAGGACCUCCAAAGAUAGUACUCCUCCAAAUGGACAUGGCUAUCCAUACCUAUGAUGAUAUUAUGAGGCUGACAGAGAAUUUGAGCGAGAAAUACAUCAUUGGCUACGGCGCUUCAAGUACUGUGUAUAAAUGUGUGCUCAAGAGUGGCAAGGCCAUUGCUGUGAAGCGGCUCUACAGUCAAUGCAACCAUGGCGCCCGGGAGUUUGAGACAGAGCUGGAGACGGUCGGUAGCAUCCGGCACAGGAAUCUUGUCAGCCUUCAUGGCUUCUCACUCUCUCCCAAUGGAAACCUGCUCUUCUAUGAUUACAUGGAAAACGGUUCCUUGUGGGAUCUUCUCCAUGGUCCAUCAAAGAAAGUGAAGCUUGACUGGGACACCCGACUGAGGAUCGCAGUCGGCGCGGCACAAGGGCUGGCCUAUCUGCACCAUGACUGCAAUCUGCGGAUAGUCCACAGGGACGUCAAGUCCUCCAACAUCCUGCUCGACGAGCACUUUGAAGCGCAUCUCUCGGACUUCGGCAUCGCCAAAUGCGUCCCGGCAGCCAAGACCCAUGCGUCCACAUAUGUGCUAGGAACCAUCGGCUACAUCGAUCCAGAGUACGCCCGGACGUCGAGGUUGAACGAGAAGUCCGAUGUGUACAGCUUCGGUAUCGUUCUUCUGGAGUUGCUCACCGGGAUGAAGGCUGUCGACAACGAUUCCAACUUGCAUCAGUUGAUAAUGUCGAGAGCCGACGACAACACGGUGAUGGAGGCGGUGGACUCGGAGGUGUCGGUGACGUGCACGGACAUGGGGCUGGUCCGGAAGGCGUUCCAGCUGGCCCUGCUGUGCACCAAGCGGCACCCCAUCGACCGGCCGACGAUGCACGAGGUGGCGCGGGUGCUGCUCUCGCUGAUGCCGGCCCCCGCCGCCGCGAAGCCCUCCUCCUACGCGGCGACGGACGCCUCCAAGAAGGUGGACUACACGCGGUACCUGGCGGCGGCGGCGGCCCCCAACACGGAGCACGACAUGGGCGGCGACAACAGCUCCCCCGACGAGCAGUGGUUCGUGCGGUUCGGCGAGGUCAUCUCCAAGCACACCAUGUGA